CGGGACAAAAAUGUGACAAAACAGUCAUCCUUCCGAUUUUGCCCUACGAUUGAAUGCCUCCACAGGAAGAACAUCCAUCGACGACGAUUUUGCCAUUCCAUCGAUGCUGCUAUCAAGUUCGACUGUUGCUUCCAAUUCCGAUAUGUUGCUCGACUGUGUCAGCUUCCUCUGACCAUUCAACAGGCAACCAUAAAGAUUCUGAACAGGAUGUAUCUGACCUGUUCCAUAUCCUGAUUGAUACCACUCUCAUUCAUACCCAAUGAAGCUUACAUGUUUGAGCCAAAGUAGGGGUUACAAUCUUCCACCAUGCCACAUGGUGAACUUAUCUGGUUUCCACAUCUUAUUUGAUUGCCCACUUGACCUCUCUGCUAUAACAAUCUUCUCCCCUGUAUCUACUAGUUUAUAUGAACAGACAUUCACUACUCCAUCUUCAAAGAAACUGCUUGAUAGUAACAAUUUAAUACCUAUAGAACCUUACUAUAAAACCAUUGAGGGUGUUCACCUAUGGAAUGUUUCUUUGAUUGAUGUUGUAUUGAUAUCAAGUCCAAUGGGCAUGCUAGGGUUGCCAUUUCUUACUCGAUCCAAAGGUUUUUCUGCUAAGAUAUAUGCAACUGAAGCAGCAACAAGGGUCAGUGAGUUUAUGAUGAAGGAUCUUGUUGCUAUGCAUAUGGAAUUUAAGCAAUUAUAUGGACCUCAGGAAACUAACUUCCUUCAGUUGUUUAAUUGGGAAGAGCUUGAAGCUCUUCCUUCUUCACUCAAAGAGAUAGUUCUUGGUAAGGAUGGGACCUACCUCGGGAGUUGGAUGCCACUAUACAGUGCAGCUGAUGUGAAGGACUGUAUGCAAAAAGUUGAGACUCUUAAAUAUGCAGAAGAAGCUUGCUAUAAUGGCACUUUGAUCAUGAAGGCUUUUAGCUCUGGUUUAGAAAUAGGCGCAUGUAAUUGGAAUAUUAAAAGUCCAAAAAGGAAUAUUUCAUAUAUUUCAAACUCUAUAUUCUCAUCUGGGGUUGCAAUGGAUUUUGAUUUCCAUGCUCUUAUAGGAAGUGAUGCUCUUAUAUAUUCUGAUUUUGCUUCAACUCUUGGUAGUGACAAUGCAAAUACUCUGGAAUUCAAUGCUGAUGAUUUCUUGUUGAAUUCUGAUGAAAGAUCAGAAGAAAUGGAGAAAAUGAACUUCAUAUGCUCAUGUUCAAUGGACUCUGUAAAAGAUGGUGGUUCUGUUCUAAUUCCCAUUGGGAGGCUUGGAAUUGUUUUGCAGCUUUUGGAGUUGUUUGCUUUGCAUAUUGACUCAUCUGAUAUGAAGGUUCCUAUAUUUAUCAUCUCUAGUGUAGCAGAAGAAUUACUGGCAUACACAAAUAUUUUACCAGAAUGGCUAUGCAAGCAUCGACAAGACAAGAUGUACUCUGGGAAGGCGGUUUUUGGUCAUGAAGAGCUGAUAAAGGAGAAAAAGAUCCACAUAUUUCCAACACUUGAUUCACAUGAAUUAUUAAUGAUGUGGCAGGAGCCAUGCAUAGUGGUUUGUCCUCACUGGAGUUUGAGGCUGGGACCCGUUGUACAUUUACUUCAUCGUUGGCAUGGGGAUCCAAAUUCUCUGCUUGUUCUUGAGGAAGGAAUUGACACUGAUCUAGCACUCUCACCUUUCAAACCUAUAGCAAUGAAGGUUUUGGAAUGCUCCUUUUAUUCUGGCAUAAAAUUGGAGAAAGUUCCACAAUUGCUGAAAAUGCUACACCCAAAACAAAUUUUGCUCCCGGAUUACACAAAACAGUUUUUUGAACCUUUGAGCAAAUCAUUGCCAUGUUUAUUUUACACGGAAUUCGAAACACUUCGCUUACCAAAUUCCAAGAAUCUUUCUGAGCUAAAUAUCGCAACAAACUUGGCCUCACAACUCACUUUCUCAAAGUUGAAAAAUGAGGAGUUGAGCAUGUCAAGGUUAAAAGGCGAGCUCUAUUUGGAACACGGGAAACAAUAUUUAGUUGGGGGAAAAGAGGUGAAGGUUUUGGAAACCGAGAUCGGGCCAUUGGUGCAUUGGGGUAAGGUUGAUUUAGAGAGUUUAGUGGUGGAAUUGGAGAAGAUUGGGGUAAAAGGGUCAUUUGAAUGUGGAUCAAAUGUGGUGAAUGUGGUUGAGCCUAAGAGGGGUUUUGUAGAAGUUAAAGAAACAAGUGUUGUUAUUAGUAGUGGGGAUGAGAGUUUAGGGUUACUCAUUUCUGAUGUGGUUCAUAGCCUUCUAAAUGGUAUUUAACACAAACUUGCUCUUAUUAGGGGAUUGCUUAUAUAACUCGAUAAACAUUUUAAAAAAAAA